AUGGCAGCCCUCGCCGGAGGGUGGUGGGAGCUCGGGGGGCAGAGUGGGACUUGGGGUUCCCUGCCGAGCACCCCACGCUCUGCCCCGCAGUGCUGGGAGGUGCGGAAACACAACAGCUCCGAGUGGUGCCACUUCGUCCGGAGCAACCCCGACUGCCGGCUGGAGGGAGGCUUGCUUCACCACCCCCAGGGGGGCUCCUGCGUCUCCCCCCCGCGGCUGCUCCCCCUGGCUGUCACCCUCUACGCUCUCUGGCUCCUCUACCUGUUCAUCAUUCUCGGCGUGACGGCAGAGAAGUUCUUCUGCCCCAACUUAUCGGCCAUCUCCACCAACCUGAAGCUGUCUCACAACGUGGCAGGUGUCACCUUCCUGGCCUUUGGCAACGGGGCACCGGAUGUCUUCAGUGCUGUGGUGGCCUUCUCUGACCCACGCACAGCGGGGCUGGCCAUCGGGGCUGUCUUCGGCGCUGGCGUGUUCGUGACCACGGUGGUGGCUGGGGGCAUCGCCCUGGUCAAGCCCUUCACGGCCGCCUCCAGGCCCUUCCUCAGGGAUGUCAUCUUCUACAUGGUGGCCGUCUUCGUCACCUUCAUGGUCCUCUACUUUGGCAGGAUCACGCUGGGAGAGGCUCUGGGUUACCUGGGGCUGUAUGUCUUCUAUGUCUUCACUGUGGUGCUCUGCACCUGGAUUCACCGGCGGCAGCGGAGGGAAGGACUGGCCCCUGCUGGACCCUGGGAGCCAGAGAUGCCAACAGAUGCUGAGGAGCAGGAGUCCUCAGGCACAAACAGCGGAGACUAUGGUGAGGAGUACCAGCCCCUGCUCCCCUCCCGGGAGACCUCCCUGCGCAUCCUCACCACCGCCCUCAGCCCCUUGGACUACCGCAAGUGGAGGAGGAAGCCCUGGUACUGGCGGCUCUUCAAGGUCUUCAAGGUGCCUGUGGAGCUGGUGUUGCUGCUCACUGUUCCCGUUGUGGACCCCGACAAGGACGACCUGAACUGGAAGAGACCCCUCAACUGCCUGCACAUCCUCACCAGCCCCCUGCUCUGCGUCCUCACCCUGAAGUCAGGCACCUAUGGGCUGUACCAGAUCCAUGGCAUCUUCCCAGUCUGGGGACUGGUCACACUGGUUGGCUCUGUCCUGGCCAUCAUCACCUUCGUCACCACAAGCAAUGAGGAGCCGCCCAAGUACCACUGUGUAUUUGCCUUCCUUGGGUUUUUGGCCAGUGCCAUGUGGAUCAACGCUGCGGCCACGGAGCUGGUGAACAUCCUCCGGACCCUGGGCAUCAUUUUCCAGCUGAGCAACACUGUGCUGGGCUUGACACUGCUGGCCUGGGGCAACAGCAUCGGUGACACCUUCUCGGACCUCACCAUGGCACGGCAGGGCUAUCCCCGCAUGGCCUUCUCUGCCUGCUUUGGGGGCAUCAUCUUCAACAUCCUGGUCGGUGUGGGACUCGGCUGCCUGCUGCAGAUGACCAGCGGCCAGCUGGUGGUGAAGCUGCAGCCCCACAGCCUCCUGGUCUGGAUCCUCGCCGGGGCCCUGGGGCUGAGCUUGGUCUUCUCCUUCGUGUCGGUGCCAGCGCAGUGCUUCCAGCUGGGCAAGGCAUACGGCAUCUGCCUCAUCCUCUACUACCUGGCCUUCCUCUGCGUGGCCCUGCUGACCGAGUUCAGGGUGAUCCGUCUCUCUGCCAUCUGACGGGCCCCGCACCAGCAGGAGAUGCACGUCCAUCCCUGGCUCUUGCUCUGCCUGCCCGCUGGAUCGGGGCCUUGCUCUCCCGUCUCCCUGUCCCUGCUAGGGGGAUGAGGGCACCUCGACCCCAACCGUGCUGCUGCCACCACAUCCUGGAGGCAUCACGUGCCAGCCCAGCUCUGGGCCUUCGCUUUCCGGAGCAGGGGGUUGGUUGGGCUAUGCUUUGGGAAAGGAAAAGGAGCUGUGAGUCACUAGCUACGUCCUUUCCCCGCUCUGUUUAAUCUUGUUUAACUCAAGGCGGGUCUGAGCAGGAAUAAGGUUAAGACCUCAGCUUCCUCGGGUCCCAGUGGCAGAGGAGGGGGCAGCUCCAGCCCAGGGUCACAACAGGAGAGAUUUUACCUCUUCAGCCACUUUAUCUUCCCUUCCCUGUCUCCAUCCUGGCUGCUCUGGGGCAGGGCUGGGGCAGUCAUGCUACAGGGGGUAACUCACCGACGGUCUGAGCACAAGUUUGUUGUUGCAAAGGACGUGACGUGUUCGCACUGUGGGUUUGAAAUAGCAGCCGAGGCAAAGCGAGAUAGGGUUAAGGUGAGACAAAGCUCCAGGCAGUGCUUGGUUUUAAUGCAAGCAAAGGCUGGAGGAGAGGAAAAAAAAAAAAAAAAACCAAAACCCAAACCAAGGGAAGUUAGUUUCCCCUGCUUUUUUUAAGCUGUUUUUCAACCUGAAUUUCAGAUCCUACUUUUCUCCUCCUCUGAG